AUGCUGAUGGCCGAUCACAGCAACGAUACGAUUACAGCCGAAGACAUGUCCUCAUCGUCUCCAUCGACGGUCAAUGAGGUCUUAAGCGACGAAUUUGUGAGCAUUUGUCGUCACUUUUGUCUCAUUUGUGGCAAAUCUUAUGCAAAAGAGUUCGCAAACAAAUUGACUGAAUUGUGUGAACAGAACUCAGGUCUUGAGCUCAACGGAUCCAACAUCGAUGCCAUCAUAAGGCUAUUCACACAACAAUUUGCUCAAUAUUUACGCCAAGAACUCGAUAUCAGUUUAAUUUGUGAUAAUAAUAACAAACACAUCACCUCUUCUGAUACCAAUAGUUUAGACAACAAUAAUAUCAUUCAAACCAAUGAUAAGAAACACAAAUUUGACUGCAAUUUGGCCUCAAAUGUCACCAAUAAUACCGAUAGUAAUGUCGCCAAUACUGCAGACAUUAGCGGCCAUACAAACGAUGGCAACGAGUCGUCGACAACGGAUGCAAACCAUCCAUUAGUGCCUUCAGUGAACACCACUUCCAUCACAUCUAAUGGCGAAUCCAUUAAUGGCAAUAACGAGUCCAAUAAUACCACUCUUUUGGUCAACUCAUCCAACAUAACGAGAAUCACGACAACUAAUGGCACGCAUUCUGUGAAUGUGAGGCCAAAGUCGACGGCACCGACGGGUGUGAGCGGCGCCGCAGCGCCCGAUGACUACAGCGAUCUGUCGGACAACGAGACCGAAACGGAGUCACCGAAAAUUCCGUACCGAAAGUUCUUCAGGCGAUUGAGUUUCAAAGGAUUGCGAAAAGGCAAAGGAUUCUUCCAUAAACAGCAUUCCGAUGAAGUGGAGCUCUCAUCCAACUCUCACACCAACGCCAACAACAGCGCCCAUACAUCACAUCAGACCGAACAGAGCUCACGGCGUGACAAGAAUCGCGACUCGAAAAUGGAUCACAAAUGGCUUCACUCGAAGAAUCAGUCGAAACAGUCGACCAACGAGUCGAUCAUCAAAGAAGGUGUCGUCAAUUAUCUGACGGUCGAUAACUCUAACUUCGAUGGCAAACACAAGUGGGAUAAGUGUCGCAUGGCUUUGGUUAAGACCACCGGUGGCUAUAUGUUAGAGUUUUACGCACCAAACAAACCACUCAAACCCAAGUGCGGUGUCUUCUGCUUCCUCAUCACCGAAGCCCGGGAGACGACAGCACUGGAAAUGCCAGACCAGGAGCACACCUUCGUCCUCAAAGCUGAAAAUAUGAUGGAAUAUAUCAUUGAAGCUCACGAUGCGGAGGAUAUGAGGCAAUGGCUCACAUCUAUAAAGUAUUGCAUGCGUUUCAAUAGUGACGGAACGACUGACGACAACGAUGUGACGACGACUUCUCCGUACGACAAUAUCCCUCGUCUUCAGGAAACGGAUGGCAAUCGUGCGAAUCAGUCGAGUGGCAGCGAUGGUGCCGUGUCGGGCCCCGGGGGCGGCACUAACUCAGACAUAUGCGGCUCAAUGCGUGAAUACCCCUGGUUUCACGGAAUGCUCAGUCGUUCAGACGCCGCACAACUCGUGCUCAGAGAAGGCACUCUAUGGCACGGAGUCUUUCUGGUCCGACAAAGUGAGACCCGAAAAGGCGAAUACGUGCUGACAUUCAAUUUUCAGGGCAGAGCUAAACACUUACGAAUGGCUAUCAUUAACGAAGGCCAGUGUCGGGUUCAGCACUUGUGGUUCCAGACUAUAUUCGAUAUGUUAGAGCACUUUCGCAUACAUCCCAUCCCAUUAGAGUCUGGCGGCACAUCUGAUGUCACUCUCACUGAUUAUGUCAUCUUUUAUGAAAAUUCACCGGCGAGUCGUGGAUCGCCAUCUCCUCAACUUAAUGCUCAGAACACAAGCGAACCAUUGAUUAGUAGUAGUAAUAGUAGCCAACCGGCGAUCACUCACAUCAGAGAUCGAGUGCCCAGUAUUCCCGAACUCCAAGAGAUCAUCACAUAUGGCGGGUCAGUGCGGAUGAGGUCCGCGUCGCUGGAGAAUCUGCAACAAAUGCAAUCCCAACAUCUGGCGAGUGUCGGCGGCAAUGCCAGGGCUGUUGAGAACACUUACCAUUUCGUCUAAUUAUUGUUUUCUCAUCAAUUCAUUAAAUUAUGUUUGAAUUGCUUUUUCAUUUAUAUUUCUCACGAAUUGUGAUCUUAUCUUCCAUUUUAUUAUUAAUAUUAGAGGAAAAUAACAGUUAUUUUUCGAUUAUAACUCGUUAUCAAUAUAUAAACAGUUAUUCUUUCUCUUUUUCCUUAUGUAAAAACUAGUCAUUUAUUGAGUCGUUUGUCUCUUUUAUUGGUUUUAAACCCUUUUAACUAUUUUUUGUGUAAAUUUAUAUAA